AAACAGUAGGUUCUUUUGCUCCUGGAAAUGACGCGUUGCCUAGCGCGGACACGUCCUUGUGCCCCGUCCACACGCGAUCGCUCCGGUCCCGGCUUCGGGUGAGCAUGUGGGUUUCUGUUCUAGGGGAGAAGCCGUUCGUGUGUGAAUUCGCUGGGUGUGACAGGAGGUUUGCCAACAGCAGUGACAGGAAGAAGCACACCCACGUGCACUCGAGCGACAAGCCGUAUCGCUGCAAAGUCAAAGGGUGCGAGAAAUCCUACACCCACCCCAGCUCCCUGCGCAAGCACCUGAAAACGCACCGCAACCUCGAGCCAGCCCUCUCCACCGCCACCACCAAGCCCACGGGGGCGCAGGAGCCGGGGGCUGGCGCCUGCCACUCAUUGGCCCGCCUUGCCGCUUGUCUAGCCAGGUGUGGCCCCUCCAGGUGCCAGGGCAGAGAGAGGGACACUCCGGAGACGGAAAGCGGGGGCGCCCCCCACGCAACCUCCCGCAGUGGGCGUGAGGCCAGACGGACGCCUCUGCCGGCUCGCCCCCAGCUCUGGCGCAAGGUGCCCUCCGAGGGCUCCCGCAGGUCUCCCAGCCCACUCACACUCCCGGCCGGGCUCGGAAAGGGCUGGGAGCCAGGGCACAGCAGGGCCACGGGCGCUGCCCACAGCAGGCCCGAAAGAAACGCUCCCCCUUCCAGGAGAGGGCUCAGUGAGCUCUGACGGGUCACUUCCCCGGGGCCAAAGGGAGCCUUCUUCCCCCUGCCCGCGCCAAGCGCUGGGGAACUGCAGUUCCCUCUGGGAACUGGAUCGUCCACGCCCACGUAUGGUGGGUGGGAAACGCCUGCAACCUCCUUCGGACCUGGGGGUAGCAGCCAAAGGGACUCCCGAAUGCUGGCCUAGGAAUCCAAGCCCGGCUGGUCUCUGCUAAGAUCAGCUCAUUUCCCCACCGGGACGGCAACAACUGGAAAUACAUCGGUCAUCCGCGUCAUGAACCCGAACCUGCGUCUUUGGCAAGUGCUUCGCUAAAGGCCCGUCUCUCUCCCU